AUGGGGUACUCGUUCUUCCCCCAGACUGAGGCGUCUGUCCAGCCUGCUCAGAAGGUGACAUUUGCGAAGUCUCCAAAAGCAACAUUCAAAUCAGAAAUCGACGAGACGAAAGAUGAGUCCAGAAGCUACCUGCACCGGCUGCAGUAUGGAUUGGGGCAAUACGGCAUGAUAAUUAUCGGCGGUGGAACGACGCUCAUACUGGGAAUUCUCGGCUUUCUUCUCUUCCUGUGGUCCGGCGAAGGCUUCGAAGAUGGGAGGACUGCCUCCGUCGCCUGGAGGCGGAUCAUGCUCGACCAAUACAUCACACAAGCAAUCACCCUGUCAACGGUCCUUCUUCGAAGCGCAGUCACUGCACAAUCAGCAAUCUACACAAGCCUCGUCGCCGGCAUCAUAUUGGAAAGACACGGGGUACCUCUGUACAGGGUUGCCGAAAUCUCCAUGAUUCGCUGCGCGAACGAUGGCCCUCUGAGACUGGCAUGGCUGCUUGUAUCCUCUGCCCGCAAGUCUAUCUUACAGGCGGCGCUCGUGAUCAUCCUGCUCCUGACUACUCUUGCGGUCCAGUUCUCUUCGACACUCCUGGUCUCAGAUCUGCGGCUAGCAUCUUUGGUCGGAGAUGCCCGCGAUAGUACUUUGAGACUACACAUGAGUCAGGAUGUGAUUUCACUCAAUCGACAAACGAAUGACUGGAUUUUGCGGCCCAGAGCGUAUGUUCCCUUUGGUGAGGUGCCGUCAUCAGGGAACUCCACGCCAAACAACCUGGGGGUUAGCGACACGGGGGUCUUGAACAGAGUCUUUCUGCCUGUUUCUUCGGAGAGAAUGUCAUCAUUGCGCGCUUACGAAGGCAAAGGCUACGGAUUUGACUCCCGGUUCGUUUGCAUGCGUCCCUCAGUCUCCGCCGCCCUAUCCAUGACAGUGCCCCCUUCCUCAACCAGUCUGCUGUCUUUCUACCUCGCACUUGUUGGCAACAUAUCAAUCCAGGCAACGUUUAGCGAGGCGGGGCUGCAAUUACCACCAGGUUGCGAGGACGGGACGUGCUUCCCUUCGUCCUUCAAUUGCUCCCUCCCACAAUUCCAAUAUACCGAAGCACAAGCCAAGCAGGGUCUGACGAACGGUCUAUGCCUGCCAGACGGCAGCAACGCCAGAGCAAGCGCCCAAAACUUCACGAUUUCAGGUGAGCCUGUGACAGCUUGGUCGGAGGCUUUCUUGUUCUUUCGCACGAACGGAACACAUGAGUUGUGGAGGAGCUCUGAUGGACGCUUCUUGAGCGUCAACCUCGCCUUGCCAAACGUCUCAUACACUGACGGGGAGUGGAUCACAUACGAACGCCCUAUCUCCGAACUCACCCCCGAGGGCAGACGGAUCGACAAGGGCGUUCUGAGGCUGGACAUGACGAUCUGCUUUCAACAAGUCGCUAUCAAUUUUGCCGACGUCAAGGUCUCGAGUGAAAAGGACUUGACAGAACCUAAAGUGACCUGGGACGCCGACGGAAAGGUAUGGGAUACUCGCAAAGUCCAACGGCAACUGGGUAUUGGGCCUCGAUCCAACACCACAACCCGGCGUGGCAUCUACAGCGUCGACUUCGUUCAAAAUCGACAACAUCUCAACGCCACGCAGUAUCUCACUAACAAAAUCAUCAACGAUCUCUACAACUCGCCGCGCGAUAACAUCUCGAUCUUCAUGGAUCCGCUCGGAAGCGGAAUCUCCCACGUAAAGCCUAAUGUCGAAUACCAAGCCAUCUUCUCCGACAUUCUCAACGCGACCAACAGACCUGGUGUGGCGAUGCAGUCCACUUUGACAGCUUUGUCAGGCUCGAUCAUCAACGAUGCGCUCCCGCAGUUCGACGUCAAGGGAAACGCAGUGUUGACUUCGUCUCUUAACGUGCUGACGCCGCAGAGCUUUCGUGGUCUUAUGGUUGUGUUUGGUGUGGUUGCAUUGAAUAUGGCAGUCGGCCUGACUUUGAUCCUCAUCUUCAUGGUGCAGUGCAGGUACUCUAGCCAAGUCAAUUGUGCGAUCAAGAUGCUCAUGUGCGAGUUGUCAGAUCAAGUCGGAGUGGACGGGUCAGAGCAGUGA